GUAGACAAACUGGUGCUGAAUCGUCAACAUGGCUACCGGUGUCUGAGCUUUUUCUGGUUUAUCUUACUAAAUGAAUAGAACAUUUAACUAAAUAAUUAUUUUGACAACACAGCCAAUGAAAUAUAGCACUUACGCAAAUCGAGCAUUUUGUAAGUAACUGAUAUAGCAAGGAGAAAUGGCUAGUCCAAGGACCAGGCGAGUGCUGAAAGAAGUGAGAACAAACGAUGGGAACAACAUUUGUUUCGAAUGUGGUGCAUUCAAUCCGCAAUGGGUGAGCGUGACCUAUGGGAUAUGGAUAUGCCUGGAGUGCUCUGGGAAACAUCGUGGCCUUGGAGUUCAUCUCAGCUUUGUUCGCUCUGUGUCCAUGGACAAAUGGAAGGACAUAGAGCUCGAGAAGAUGAAAGCUGGGGGCAAUGAGAAAUUCCGGCUCUUUCUGGAGCUGCAGGAUGAUUACGAUUCCAACUGGAACAUGCAGGACAAGUACAACAGCAAAGCUGCAGCCCUGUUCAGAGACAAGGUUGCCACUCUUGCAGAUGGAAAGGAAUGGUCCAUUGAAGAUAGCACUGCUAAAAACUGGACACCACCACAAUCCAAGAUGGGACUGUCUUCCUCACACCGCAGCUCAGCUGGCCCGGGCCAAAACUCUGGCAACCCCUCGGACAAAGCCUUUGAGGACUGGCUGAGUGAUGAUGUCAACUCGUACCAAAGUGGAGGUGGUUAUAGUGGUGGCCAAGAUAAUCGCUAUGUUGGAUUUGGCAAUACAGUCGACCCCCCGAAGAAGGAUGAGGAUUUCCUGAAUAAUGCCAUGUCCUCAAUUUAUACGGGCUGGAGCAGUUUCACAGUUGGUGCGAGCAAAAUUGCAUCUGUUGCUAAGGACAAUACUGUGAAACUUGCCAACCAAGCAACUCUUAAGCUGAGGGCUACAAGCCGCCUCCUGAGCCGGGGGCAGGAGCUAAAGGCUGGAAGGACAUGUCGCAGUUUCUCAGCGGCCAAACGGAGAACUCUGCCGAUGGGUCCCAGGGGGAGGGCUACCAGAACAUGGACUCGUCGGCGGGCUACCAGAACAGCGGUGGCGGCGAGGAGCACGAGGGCUGGGAGACCUUCGGCAGCAGCUCCAAGCCCAAGAAGUCGCCCAGCAGCGACAGCUGGACCGUCGCCGACAAUUCGGCCGGCAAGAAGAGCUCCGACAGCUGGGACAACUGGGGCUCGGAGGGCCAGCAGUCCAACAACAAGCACAGCACCGGCGACAGCUGGGAGACCUGGGACACCAACUGGGAAAGUGCCGGCGGCAGCGACAGCAAGGCCAAGAAGAGCCCCGCCAAGCCGGUGGAGGAGUCCUGGGACAAUGCCGACUGGUAGAGUGGAUGCCCCGACGGAGGGUCGUGUCGCCUUUGCUGUGAAGGUGGGCUGCAGUCACCUUGACAACCAUACCAAUUGUGUCAGAUGUGUGAAAAUGUAUUAUUUUGUUUGUUUGUUUUGUUUCCUUUUUUGGAAAUUCUGAGUAAUUUUUGAUGCCACAAAAGUGAAAGGUUAUUUUAGGAUCGUGUAAUCUGUUAAAGAACCUCCCGCCCCCCAGUGUGUGCAGAUUGCCUUUCUGUAAUGAGACCGUUCGCUUUUCGCAAUUCGCCUUCACACUCCCAGAGGCACUGAUGGCAACGCACUGCAGGGUUAUAGUAGUUCCUUUUUAGUUCUCCCACAUGUCGGUGUUUCCUUUUAACACAGCAGACUGUGCUGGAGCCAGACUGCUGGUUUUUUGAUCAGCUUCACAGAAGACGGCAACAUGUGGACCAGUUUCUGCUUUAGCGUUUCAUGUAUUUGAAGUCUUCAGUGAACCUAUCACAUAUUUUUCUAAAGAUAUUUUUUUGUUCAUGUCCUGAAGUCAACUCUAUUUUCUUUUCUGAAGUAGGUUUUUUUUUUUUUUAUUUUUGUGUUGUGACAGCUCCCAACCUUUCUCUGAUGAAUCCAAAUUGUAUCUGUAGUGUUGUGUAGUUGUUUUGAGCACGUUUGACGUUUUUCAUCCACAAUUUUGCACCAUCUCAUCAUAAGCCUCCUCUCUCUUUGAGAAAAAAAAACAACAAAAAAACAAGUAAGGUUGCAGCCCCUGCAAAGACUGUAGAAGUCAUUUGAAGUAUGCUGCUGACUUCAAAGGAAACGAAGUAAACAAACUAGCAGCAUAAAAGAGGGGGGAAACAACAUGCAUCCCAUCCCUACAUGAUCCACCUGGUUCGACUUAAAAGUCUAUACCCACUGAAAACUCGCCCAGAGCCAUACUUGUUCAGUGGGUGUUGUGGACAACUCUUGUGUGUGUGAGAGUGUGUGUGUGUGUGCAUGUAUGUGUUGUAUAAUCUUGUGUUUAUAUAUAAAAUCUGUUUUUUUUGUUUUGUUUUGUUUUUAACUGAUUUCCUCUUGAGCACCUGAGAUGCAGACAUACGGACCUCAGCCUACACUCUACCCUGUGACCGAUCGCAUGCGGCUUUGUGACCUCGGCAUUUUAACACCCAUGUCUAAUGUUAAUUCAAGGCAAUGCUGAGACUCUUCUCUGUGUCAGAUGACUUCUCAGAGUCAAUGGUACGUGUGUCUCCACUGGCUUUGUGCAGUCACACCGUGCUUUAUGUGUCAGGGUCUCGGUCUGAAGUGUCUAUGCAACAAGGCUUCCUUCAUGGACGAGGAAAGUCCUGGCUGGCAUGACGACCAGUAUUUGCCCUUUGUGAUGAUUUGUGCAGUACAUGGAGAAGUCCUAUGAGAGAGAUGUUUCAUAUGUGAAAUGCCUUUUUGUCCCUGGGGGGAGAGGAGGAGACUGAAUAUGUUGAAAUAUUUGGAAAAGACUCACUGAAGGCAUCUUUUUGAGGCAGUGUUACCACAGCGUUUGUGGGGAUCCCUUACAAGUGUGAUUUUGUGGAUAUUUGUGCAAGGGGAUGGAUUGUGCAUCGCUAACUGCCAUCCUUUUUCUAAAGCACCACCUGUGGAGCCCGUCCACUCCCAAGUGCAGCCUGGUUCUGUGUGUGUCGGAGGUGUCAGUGCAUGUUUUUACAGCCAUUAGAUCGAUGUUGUGUGUCUGUCAAAACGCAGGCCAGAAUCAACGUGACGUGCCCCUGAAUGUUUUCCUUCGUUGAUUCAGGUGUGUAGGUGAGGGGGUAGUAUGCGGUCGUCUGCAUGUUUCUAUCAUGAGCGUGAGACCGACACACUUUCUGGAAAUGCAUGCUUUUUCAAAACAAAACAACAAAAAAAGAUCAUUUAAUAAUGAAAAUGGAAUGAAUGUGGAAAAAUAGUGAGACACAUAAAAAACCUGGUGCAUUGUUUGGAGAAUACUGAAUACUGAAAUAUUGUGCAUCCUGUACCUGAGUUAAACUAUUUAAUGCAGUCUGUUAUACAGAGCCUUAAAGAGCUGCUGUUGAGAUACUUUGCAAAACAGAUAGCUUGGCUGUGUGUGUGUGUGUAUGUGUGUGUGUGUGUGUCUGUCUGUCUGUCUGUCUGUCUCUGUCUGUGUGUGUGAGUUUGUGAGUAUACCUGUAUGAGUGGAAGUAUGUUGCUUAUUUGCCAUGAAUGUUGGAUGGAGUCUAGAAAUUCUAUAUCUGAAGAAAUUACCAGUCAGUUGAUAAGAUGUUGAUAUGAUGUUUUAAUUUCCUCUCAUUCUCGAUAAUUUAAACAGUGCUGGUUCUUUUAUACUGUAUUUUUUAUUUUCUGAAGUAUAUCACAUAUUUAUAUACAAAUAGUUAAAGGAAAAUAACAUGGAUCAUGGUGGUGUAACCUUAAAACUACAGGUCUAUGUCUGGAAAGAUAUCAUUGAAUGCUUUAUUUUUCACUUUGUCUUUAUCAUGGAAAUCAAAAAAUAUUGUUGAUUUAAUUAACCCACUAAGUUUUUAAUAAACCAGCUGGGGUAUUGUAUGGUUUGUUGUUAACUUCAAACACGUAAUAUUUCUGUUUUCUGACAAUUCCAAGAUUAUUCACGUGCUCCCAUCAUUGUAAAUUUGUUCCAUUUAAAUAUCUUGAAACAAAUGCUAUUUUUCAAUGUAAACAUAAUGACGGAAAUAAUCGAAUAGCGCAUUUAAUAUUGUACCUAGGCUAUAUGUUUUAUGUUAAAGUGUUUGUGAUGGUGUGCCGCUGUAUUUGCGUUGUCAUUCAUACUGUCGCCAUCCCCACCACUCCCCUCAAAUAACAGCACGCUUUCUACGUGGUUAUAAACAAGGUGGAACUGAAUACAUGUUUUGGUGUGCAACUUUUCAUUCCUCAAAACCCUGUCUGAAAGUUGUGUUGUGCAAAGCUGGCUAAGAGCCUUUGCAGUGUGUCAUUGAAGUUCAUUGAUGGUAUGUCUUCUGAGAAAAUAAAGAAAUGUAUAUGAAUUAAA